AAGCUCAAGCUAGGUCCUGGGACCAGGGAAGGAGGAGUGGAGAGACUUAGUUCCCGCGACUGAGCCGCGAGGCCUGGAGGACUUAUCCUCCCCCGCUGCAGUUUCAGGCCAGAGCGCGCCAAGCAAUUUUCUCAUCCUGGCCCAGCCUCGGCUACAAACAGGACCCCCACGCAGCGCGCGGAGUUCCUGGCACUUUCCGAAGGGGUCUAUUGCUCCCUGCCCAGAGACUGACUGCGCGCUCUCGGACUUACCUGUUAGAGCACUAACACCGUCCUGGACCAUGCACUUAUUCAGGAACCCCAGGAUAGCCUCCCACGCACGCCGGGUAGCCAAAGCCACCAGUUUUCAGCCAAUGCCUCGGCCUCCGCCACGGACCCUGUUGCUGCUGCUGCUUCUCCUGCCACUGGUAAGCUGCCUUCCAGCACAGCCCGAUGCCCCCGGCCGGGUGUUGCUGUCCUCAGGUCUCCCGGGGUUUGCAGGGGUCCCCGCCAAGGAGGCUAUAGUAAUGGCGAACCGUGGGCUCCGGGUGCCUUUUGGCCGUGAGGUCUGGCUGGAUCCACUGCAGGACCUGGUGCUGCAGGUGCAGCCGGGGGACCAUUGCACUGUGACCGUACUAGACAACGACGCUCUGGCCCAGCGGCCCGGCCGCCUGAAUCCCAAGCGCUUCCCCUGCGAUUUCGGUCCUAGAGAGGUGAGCUACUCUCACCUGGGUGCGCGCAGCCCCUCGCGAGAUCGCAUUCCGCUGCAGCUGCGCUAUGACGCGCAGGGAGGGACUGCAGUGCUUCCCUUGGUGCUGGAGGUGGUUGUAGUCUUUACUCAGCUGGAAGUUGUGACUCGGAACUUGCCUCUGGUCGUGGAGGAGCUGCUGGGGACCAGCAAUGCUCUGGACGCCCAGAGCUUGGAGUUCACCUACCAGUCUGAGACAGAGGAGUGUCGUGUGGGCAUCCUGUCUGGCUUGGGCACGCUGCCUCGCUAUGGGGAACUUCUACACUACCCGCAGGUCCCAGGACUAGCCAGCGAGGGGGAUACCCAGGAGCCUCUCCUGAUGGACUGCAAAGCUUUUCAGGAGCUAGGUGUGUGCUACCGUCACACAGCCUCCAGUCGCUCACCAAACAGAGACUGGGUGCCCAUGGUGGUGGAGCUGCACUUGCGAGGGGCUCCUGUGGGCAGCCCUGCUUUGAAACGCGAGCACUUCCAGAUGCUGGUGAGAAUCCGAGGAGGGGUUGAGAACACUGCCCCCAAGCCCAGUUUUGUGGCCAUGAUGAUGAUGGAGGUGGACCAGUUUGUACUGACCGCCCUCACACCAGACAUGUUGGCAGCUGAGGAUGCUGAAUCUACCCCUGACUUGUUGAUCUUCAACCUCACCUCCCCAUUUCAGCCUGGCCAGGGCUACCUGGUAAGCACUGAUGAUCGCAACCUGCCGCUCUCCUCCUUUACUCAGAGAGAUCUGCGCCUCCUGAAGAUUGCCUACCAGCCACCCUCUGAAGACUCUGACCAGGAGCGUCCCUUUGAAUUUGAGCUGGAGGUAGUAGACCCAGAAGGAGCAGCCUCAGAUCCCUUUGCCUUCAUGGUGGUGGUGAAGCCCAUGAAUACACUGGCUCCGGUGGUUACCCGCAACACUGGUCUCAUUCUCUAUGAGGGCCAGUCUCGGCCCCUCACCGGCCCUAUAGGCAGUGGACCACAAAACUUGGUCAUCAGUGAUGAAGAUGACCUAGAGGCAGUGCAGCUAGAGGUGGUGGCUGGGCUCCAACAUGGUCACCUCAUCCUUCUGGUUGGCUCCAGUGGUAACCCUGUCACUAAGGCCUUUACAGUAGCUCAGCUAACAGCUGGUGAGGUGGUCUACCACCAUGAUGACAAAGAUGGCUCACUGAGUGACAACCUGGUGCUUCGAAUGGUAGAUGGAGGACACAGGCACCAGGUGCAAUUCCUAUUCCCUAUCACCUUAGUGCCUGUGGAUGACCAGCCACCAGUCCUCAGUGCCAACACAGGGCUGACACUGGCAGAGGGUGAAACAAUGCCCAUACAACCCUUUGCUCUCAGUGCAACUGACAUAGACUCAGAUGACUCUCUGCUGCUUUUUGUGCUGGAGUCUCCCUCAACUACAGGCCAUCUGAUUAUCCGCCAACCUCAUCCUCCACAAGAGGUGGAGCAGCUUAUUGGAAGUCCUUGGAAGAAACAAGGAACAUUUUAUGAGAAAAUAGUGACAAAGUGGCGGCAGCAGGACAUAAUAAAGGGGAGGCUGUUCUAUAUGCACUCUGGGCCCCAUAAUCCUGGACCAGUGAUGGAUCAGUUCACAUUUCGAGUUCAGGAUAACCAUGACCCCCCUAAUCAAUCUGGGCUACAGAAGUUUGUGAUCCGCAUUCAUCCUGUGGAUCGCCUCCCUCCAGAGUUGGGCAGUGGCUGUCCCCUUCGGAUGGUGGUGCAAGAAUCCAAGCUUACACCGCUGAGGAAGAAAUGGCUGCAAUACACUGACCUGGACACAGAUGACCGAGAACUACAUUACACAGUGACUCAGCCUCCAAUGGACACAGAUAAAAACCACUCGCCAGCCCCAUUAGGAACCUUGGUCCUGACUGACAACCCUUCUAUCGUGGUGGCCCAUUUUACCCAAGCCCAGAUCAAUCACCAUAAAAUUGCUUACAGACCUCCAGAUCAAGAACUGGGAGUGGCUGCCCGAGUGGCCCAGUUCCAGUUCCAGGUGGAGGACCGAGCUGGGAAUGUAGCUUCAGGUGUCUUCACCCUUUACUUGCAGCCAGAGGACAACCAGCCACCUGAGAUCCUCAACACAGGCUUUACUACUAAGGAGAAAGGACACCACAUCCUGAGUGAGUCUGAGUUGCAUGUGAAUGAUAUAGACACUGAUGUAGCCCACAUCUCUUUUACUCUAACACAGGCACCCAAACAUGGUCACAUAAGGGUGUCUGGACAGAUACUACCUGUAGGUGGGGUUUUCCAUCUGGAGGACAUAAAACAGGGUCGGAUUUCCUAUGACCAUAGUGGGGAUGACUCCCUUACUGAUAACUGCUCCUUGGAGGUCAGUGACAGACACCAUGUGGUGCCCAUAAUUCUCAGAGUGAAUGUCCAAUCAGUGGAUGAUGAGGUGCCCAUGCUGAGCCUUCCUGCUGGCACUCUGGGGUCCUACCUAGAUGUUUUAGAGAAUGGGGCUACUGAAAUCACUGCCAGUGUUAUCAAGGGGACUGAUGAAGACAGUGAUGAUUUAAUGUUGACUUUCCUCUUGGAAGAUCCGCCCUUAUAUGGAGAAAUCCUUGUCAAUGGAGUUCCAGCAGAGCAGUUUACCCAAAGGGACAUCCUGGAGGGCUCUGUUGUCUAUGCCCAUACCAGUGGUGAGAUAGGCCUAUUGCCCAAAGAGGACUCUUUUAACCUGAGUCUGUCAGCUAUAUCUCAAAAAUGGAGAAUAAGUGGCAGUACUGUCCAAAGAGUUACUGUGUGGGUGACCAUCCUUCCUAUUGACAGCCAGGCCCCAGAAAUUUCUGUAGGUGAACAGUUUAUAGUAAUGGAAGGUGAUAAAAGUGUCAUAACCACAAUGCAUAUAAGUGCUGAAGAUAUUGAUUCCCUAAAUGACGACAUCCUGUGCACUAUAGUUAUUCAGCCUACCUCAGGUUACGUUGAAAAUAUUUCUCCAGCACCAGGCUCUGAAAAAUCAAGAGCAGGGAUUGCCAUAAGUGCCUUCACACUGAAAGACCUCAGGCAUGAUCAUAUUAACUAUGUCCAGAGCAUACAUAAAGGAGUGGAACCUGUGGAAGAUAGAUUUAUAUUUCGUUGUUCUGAUGGCAUUAACUUUUCAGAGAGACAUUUUUUCUCUAUUGUUAUCAUUCCCACCAAUGAUGAACAGCCAGAAAUAUUUAUGAGAGAAUUUAUGGUGAUGGAAGGCAUGAGUCUGGUGAUUGAUACGCCCAUCCUCAAUGCUGCUGAUGCUGACAUUCCCCUGGAUGAUUUAACUUUCACUCUUACCCAAUUUCCUACUCAUGGUCGCAUCAUGAACCAGCUGAUAAACAGCACAGUUUUGGUCAAAAGCUUUACCUUGGACCAGAUCAUAGAGAGUUCCAGCAUUAUUUAUGAGCAUGAUGACUCUGAGACCCAGGAAGAUAGUUUUGUGAUUAAACUAACAGAUGGUAAGCACUCUGUGGAAAAGACAGUUCUCAUUAUGGUUAUCCCUGUUGAUGAUGAGACCCCCAGAAUGGCCAUUAAUAGUGGAUUAGAAAUAGAAGUUGGGGAAACCAAAAUUAUGAAUAAUAAAAUAUUAAUGGCAACUGAUUUAGAUUCUGAAGACAAAUCGUUGGUUUAUAUAAUUCGUUAUGGGCCAGAACAUGGAUUAUUACAGAGACAAAAACCUAUGCAUGCCUUUGAAAAUAUCACACUGGGCAUGAAUUUUACCCAGGAUGAAGUGGACAGGAACUUAAUUCAAUAUGUCCAUUCUGGGCAAGACAGCAUUCAGGACCUAAUUAAAUUUGAUGUGACUGAUGGAACAAAUACCCUCAUAGAUUGCUAUUUUUAUGUAUCUAUUGGGAGCGUUGACAUUGUCUUCCCUGAUGUGAUAAGUAAGGGAGUGUCCUUGAAGGAAGGUGGUAAAGUCAUCCUCACAACAGACCUCUUAAGCACUAGUGAUUUGAACAGUCCUGAUGAAAACUUAGUGUUUACCAUCACCAAGGCUCCCCUGAGAGGUCUCUUAGAAUGCACAGAUCAACCUGGAGUUUCUAUCACAUCUUUCACUCAGCUUCAACUGGCUGGAAACAAAAUCUACUACAUACACACAGCUGAUGAUGAGGUGAAGAUGGACAGUUUUGAGUUUCAAGUCACUGAUGGACAUAACCCUGUCUUCCGGACAUUCCGUAUCUCCAUUAGUGAUGUGGACAACAAAAAGCCAAUUGUCACUAUCCAUAACCUGAUUGUCAGUGAAGGUGAAAACAAGCUGAUCACUCCCUUUGAACUCACUGUUGAAGACAGAGAUACUCCUGAUAAACUCCUAAAAUUCACUGUCACCCAGAUGCCUGUUCAUGGUCAACUCCUACUUAACAAUACCAGGCCUGCCAUGGUUUUUACUAAGCAAGACUUAAAUGAAAACUUAAUCAGCUAUAGGCAUGAUGGCACUGAGUCAAGUAAAGACAGCUUCUCCUUCACGGUAACUGAUGGCUCCCAUACAGAGUUCUAUGUUUUUCCUGAUACAGUAUUUGAAACAAGAAGACCCCAAGUGAUGAAGAUCCAGGUCUUAGCUGUUGACAAUAGUGUCCCCCACAUUGCAGUGAACAAAGGAGCUUCUACACUUCGCACUCUGGCCACUGGCCACUUGGGAUUCAUGAUCACAAACAAAAUAUUAAAAGCUGAGGACAGAGACAGCCUGUGUUUUUCUCUUAGGUUUAUUGUUACAGAGCUCCCUCGACAUGGAUAUCUCCUCAACUUGGGCAAAGGCAACCACAGUGUCACUCAGUUCACACAAGCUGACAUUGAUGACAUGAAAAUAUGCUAUGUUUUAAGAGAAGGGGCUAAUGCCACAAGUGAUCUAUUCCAAUUUACAGUUGAAGAUGGUGGUGGAAACAAGUUAACCAAGCAGCAUUUUCACUUGAAUUGGGCAUGGAUCUCCUUUGAAAAGGAAUAUUACCUGAUCAAUGAGGACUCCAAAUUUCUAGAUGUUGUUAUUAAACGUAGAGGUUACUUGGGAGAGACUUCAUUUAUAAGUAUUGGCACAAGAGAUGGAACUGCAGAAAAAGACAAAGAUUUCAAAGGUAAAGCACAGAAACAAGUGCAGUUCAACCCAGGCCAGACCAGGGCCACAUGGAAAGUGCACAUCAUGGCUGAUAAGGAACAUGAGCAGUCUGAGACUUUCCAGGUGGUUCUCUCAGAACCAGUGCUGGCAGCUCUGGAAUUUCCCACGGUGACCACAGUGGAGAUCAUUGACCCAGGAGAUGAACCAACUGUAUUUAUUCCCCAGUCUGAAUACUCCAUUGAGGAAGAUGUUGGUGAACUAUUCAUUCCCAUCAGGAGAAGUGGAGAUGUGAGCCAGGAGUUGAUAGUGAUCUGUUAUACACAACAAGGAACAGCAAGCGGAACUGUGCCGACAUCAGUGCUGUCCUAUUCUGAUUACAUAUCCAGGCCUGAGGACCAUACGAGUGUCAUCCGCUUUGACAAACAUGAGCAUGAGAAAAUGUGUCGGAUUGUUGUGAUUGAUGACUCCUUGUAUGAAGAGGAAGAGACAUUCCAUGUCCUUCUGAGCAUGCCUAUGGGUGGUAGAAUUGGAUCAGAAUUCCAAGGGGCUUGGGUUACAAUCAUCCCUGACAAAAAUGAUGAACCCAUCUUCUACUUUGGUGAUGUUGAGUACUCUGUGGAUGAGAGUGCUGGCUAUGUGGAAGUGCAGGUAUGGAGAACAGGCACUGACCUGUCCAGGUCUUCUAGUGUCACCUUGAGAUCUCAGAAAACAAAUCCUCCAUCUGCCAAUGCUGGAACAGACUAUGUGGGAAUUAGUCGUAAUUUAGAUUUUGCACCUGGAGUCAGCAUGCAGACUGUUCGUGUCAUCAUUCUGGAUGAUCUUGGACAACCAGUGCUGGAGGGAAUUGAGAAACUUGAACUGGUGCUUCGUAUGCCUAUGAAUGCUGCCAUUGGCGAGCCCAGCAAAGCCACAGUGUCCAUAAACGACUCUGUCUCAGAUUUACCUAAGAUGCAAUUCAAAGAACGUGUAUAUACUGUCAAUGAAAAUGACAGGCAGAUAGUUGCAAUAAUCCACAGGAGUGGAGAUCUCCAGUUCAUGUCCUCAGUAAGAUGCUAUACACGACAGGGAUCUGCACAAGUGAUGAUGGACUUUGAAGAACGCCCAAACACUGAUAUCUCCAUCGUUGAAUUCCUGCCAGGUGAGACUGAGAAGCCUUGUAUCCUUGAGCUGAUGGACGACAGACUCUAUGAGGAAAUAGAGGAACUCCGCCUAGUUCUUGGCACUCCACAAAGCAACUCUCCCUUUGGGGCUACAGUUGGUGAACAAAAUGAAACUCUGAUAAGGAUCCGAGAUGAUGCUGAUAAGACUAUUAUUAAAUUUGGAGAAACCAAAUUUAGCAUAAAUGAACCUAAAGAACCAGGACAAUCAGUGGUCAUAAAGAUUCCAGUGAUUCGCCAAGGAGACACUUCAAAGGUUUCCAUCGUGAGAGUGCACACCAAGGACGGCUCGGCCACCUCUGGAGAAGACUACCACCCUGUGUCAGAAGAAAUUGAAUUUAAGGAGGGAGAAACCCAGCACAUUGUUGAAAUUGAAGUAAUCCACGAUGGGGUUAGAGAGAUGAGAGAGGCAUUCACUGUUCACCUAAAACCUGAUGAAAAUAUGAUAGCAGAGACACAGGUGACAAAAGCCAUUGUGUAUAUAGAAGAAAUGAACAGCAUGGCAGAUGUCACUUUUCCUUCUAUCCCUCAAAUUGUGUCCUUAUUGAUGUAUGAUGAUACUUCCAGAGCUAAAGAGAAUGCUGGACCUGUGUCUGGUUAUCCUGUCAUCUGUAUCACAGCUUGCAAUCCUAAAUAUUCAAACUAUGACAAAACAGGUUCUAUUUGUACAAGUGAGAACAUCAAUGAUACUUUGACUCUGUACCGAUGGCUGAUUAGUGCACCCACUGGCACUGAUGGUGUGACCAGCCCCAUGAAAGAAGUGGACUUUGACACCUAUUUUACAUCAUCCAAGAUGAUCACUUUAGACUCCAUAUACUUUCAACCUGGCUCCAGGGUACAGUGUGCGGCUCGUGCUGUCAAUACCAAUGGCAAUGAAGGCCUGGAGCUGAUGAGCCCUAUUGUAACCAUCAGUAAAGAAGAAGGUCUUUGUCAGCCUCGGGUGCCAGGGAUAGUGGGAGCAGAGCCAUUUUCAGCUAAGUUGCGCUACAUGGGCCCUGAGGACCCGGAGUACACAAACCUUAUCAGGCUCACGGUCAUGAUGCCACACACAGACGGCAUGCUCCCUGUGAUCUCCACUAAAGAACUUUCCAACUUCGAGCUCACCCUCAGCCCUGAUGGCACACGAAUUGGAAACCACAAGUGCUCAAAUCUCCUGGAUUAUACUGAAGUAAAGACCCAUCAUGGUUUUUUGACUGAUGCUAGAAAAAAUCCAGAAAUAGUUGGAGAGAUGUAUCCUUAUCAGUACAGUUCAUCUAUCAGAGGUUCAAGUACCUUACGCUUCUACCGAAAUCUGAACCUAGAGGCCUGUUUGUGGGAGUUUGUUAGCUACUAUGACAUGUCAGAACUUCUCACUGAUUGUGGAGGCACUGUUGGAACAGAUGGACAGGUCUUAAACCUAGUGCAGUCAUAUGUGACUCUUCGAGUCCCUCUGUAUGUUUCCUACGUGUACCAUUCCCCUGUUGGAGUAGGAGGUUGGCAGCAUUUUGACUUGAAGUCAGAACUUCGUCUAACUUUCGUGUAUGACACUGCCAUCUUGUGGAAUGAUGGAAUUGGCAGCCCACCAGAAGCUGAACUCAAAGGUUCUCUGUAUCCAGCUAGCAUGCGCAUUGGUGAAGAGGGGUGCUUGGUUGUGAACUUCAAGACAGAAGCUAAAUUCCAUGGCUUGUUCGUGCUGUCACAUCCUGGAUCCUUCACAAGAUCAAUGAUCAUGUCAGCUGAUCAUCCAGAACUGACUUUUUCCCUGCACCUAAUAAGGAGUGAACCAACCUAUAACCAGCCAGUCCAGCAAUGGAGCUUUGUCUCUGAUUUUGCAGUACGUGACUACUCAGGAACCUAUACUAUAAAACUGCUGCCAUGCACCACCCUAUUGCAUCAGAAGUAUCACCUGCCUGUCACCUGCAACCCCAGAGAACCUGUCACCUUUGACCUUGACAUCCGAUUCCAGCAGGUCAGUGAUCCAGUGGCGGCUGAGUUUAGCUUGAACACCCAAAUGUACCUACUCUCCAAGAAGAGUCUCUGGUUGUCUGAUGGAUCCAUGGGAUUUGGGCAUGAGAGUGAUGUUGCUUUUGCAGAAGGUGAUAUUAUUUAUGGUCGUGUUAUGGUAGAUCCUGUCCAGAAUCUAGGUGAUUCCUUUUACUGCAGUAUUGAGAAGGUGUUUCUGUGCACUGGAGCUGAUGGCUAUGUUCCCAAGUACAGUCCAAAGAAUGCAGAAUAUGGCUGCUUAGCUGAUUCUACUUCACUCUUAUAUAGAUUUAAAAUUGUGGACAAAGCUCAGCCAGAGACACAAGCCACCAGUUUUGGAAAUAUUCUGUUUAAUGCCAAACUGGCAGCAGAUGACCCUGAAGCUACUCUUUUAGUGAAUCAGCCUGGAUCCGAUGGAUUUAAAGUGGACUCAACACCACUCUUUCAGGUUGCUCUGGGCCGAGAAUGGUACAUACACACGAUCUACACAGUAAGAUCAAAAGACAACUCCAACAGGGGCAUUGGCAAAAGAAGUGUGGAGUACCAGUACCACUCUAUAGUGAGUCCAGGAAAGCCCCAGCCAACUACCAAGAGCAGGAAGAAGAGGAAGAUCAGGAGCACGCCCCCACUGGUAUGGGCAAUUGGGGCUAAAAACAGCCGGGGAACAAACAUCCAGCACAUUUCCCUGGACCGAACCAACAAGAAGCAGGAUCCCAAAGGAAGAGUUCCUCCUGACAGCAUCCUCCCCUGGGAGCACAACAGUCCCAUCUCUGAGGUCAGCCUGGUCAUGGUCAUGGGAGGCAUCGCAGUGGGAUUACUCACUCUUGGCCUCAUUGCUAUUGCAGCUGUGAUAUGCAAGAGCAACAGGAGUGCCAGGAGGAAGGAUGCUCCAAAGGGCUCAGGCAGCAGCGAGCCCAUGAUGCUCCCACAUAGCUACCACAGCGAUAGCUCUGAGGUUUGAUGGCCAUGGGUGCAAUUCAACAUUUUCCUCAAGUGCCUCAGACUUAAAAAACAGAAAUCCAAAUGCUUCUAUAAAUGGUAGAGAAUUGGGAACUUCUGUGACGAAGCUGCUUAGAGGACCUGACUGUGCUAAUAAACUUUGAUUUGAAUUCUGUCUACUCUGUUAUGCAUCAAAGGAAAAAGUCAGACCACAUUUUUCCUCUUGACUAGAAAGCAGCAACAAUGUAUUCACAUAUACCCAGAGCUAUAAAUGGACAGCAAAGAAUGUACUUCUCACUUUAGGCAUUUUCGCUACACAAUGGAGAUGAACUUAUUCAAAGGUGCUGAUAGACUCUCUGAGCCAUUUCAGAGGCAUCUACUGUAUGAACUUUGAAGGUGCAAGUAUCACAUUGGUUAUAUAACAUUUUAUUACUAGAAAUAUUAUAAUUGGUAGUCUGAGAAAAUAAUGCACAUUGUUUAUUAUGACAAGUUUUCUAGUAAGUGAAGACAACAUAGAAUUAUGACCAAGGGUAACUCAACCCACAAAUCACCUUUUAUACUACUUGGGAGGAAAUAGAAGGAAAAAUAAAGGGAAAGUAAAUCACUAA